AUGUUCAGCACCUUCGACGACGCGUUUGCCGCGCUCCCCGCGGAGGUCAAGGAGUGGGUCACCGGCAGCGGCCUCACUGACCACGUCAUGGUGGCCGACUCCGUCACCCCGGAAUACCUGCGCGACCACGCGGGCGUUACGGUAGUGAAGCCGGUAGACAUCGUUUUCGUUGCAACCGUCGCGACCGCGCUCCCCGAGAUCGUCAAGAAGGGGGCCGCGGCAUGGGCGAAGACGUUGGGCUUCUACCAGAAGUGGUACGCCGCCAGCACAGAGGCCGCGAACAAGCCUCCCGACCAGGAGGAGGUGACGCCUAUCGAGGCGAAGGAUCCGGGCCACGAGGAAUGGUACGAACUGAACCCGGAGUGCCGCGAGAAGCGGCUUAAGGCCCUCUUCGAGGCGAGGCGGCGCGAUGUCGAGGACGCCCGCCUUCCGAGCGGCCGCCUUUGGGGGCGAUGCGAGCGCUUGCGCCGCGUCCAGAAGGAGUGCAUCCCCCUGCUCGCGGACAAGGUGCAGUCCGAGGAGAUCGGCAAAAAUACCGGCCUCGCCAGCUUCCUGGGGCCCGUCCAGCACGGAGCGCUGGCCUGGAAGCUCCCAGCCAUGCAGGAAGCACCACCCGGCACACUGGAGGAUCUCGAGACCUGGGCAUACAUCAUUGAAAACCGGAUCUUCCUCACUUGGUGGGUCGAGGACAUAAACUGCCUGGAGGUCUUCCACCAGAGAUUCUGGGCGAGGGUGCGCAAGAACCGCGCGCCGCGACCGGGGUGCUGGAACCUCUCAGUCGCGGAGUAUUGCGAAGCGUGCCUGGUUUGCCAGAACCAAUGGCACAAGGCGUCGACGGCCGGCGACAAGAUCGACGACGCGAUCAACGCGUCCUUGCCCCCCGAGAACGGCGACCUCGACGUCGCGCUUGCCGUGGCGCCGCGUCUCGCCGCGCAUCCUCGGGCACCCGCGCUCGGGGCCAACGGUGGCGUGCAGGCCGCCCGCCCUGGCGCGGCGGGCAGCUUCCAGGCCGCGCUUCUCCUCGCCCUCGCGGGCGCGGGCCAGCCAGCAGCCAAGCGCAGGCGCCUCUCGAAAGCGCAGCGGCGGCUGCGGUGCCGCCUGCGGCAACUUGCGCCCGCGGCCCCAGAGCGCCGCGGCGACAAGGGCAAGGCCGCCGGCAUGGGCAAGCCGUCCGGGGCUGGCAAGAAGGACAAGGGCGCCCGCAAGGGCAACGCGCGCGCGCGCCGCGGCGGGGCCACGCGAGUCGACCAAGGGGGGCGGCAAAGGGGCGUGGUGCACCAGGCUGCGCUCCCAUCCACAGUGCGCCGCCAGUUUCACCCCGCCGCAGACGACUGGGCUCAGAGCCGUCCACAGCGGGAGCAACCGCAGUUUCACCCUGAAGCGACCGGCCGGGACCAGCGCCGGGAGCUCGGCCCGCGGGCGCGCGCCAGCCUGCAGAGCCGCGCCACCGCGGCCGCCGACGCACAGCCCGUGCAGGGCGACCCAGCUUGGGGCCUGCACGCGGGCGCCAGCCCGCGGCAACGCUACAGCAUGGGCAACCUCGCGCCCCCGGGCGGCGCCAGCCAUGGCCCGCGCCGUGCGGGCACCACCUGCAGCGGCAUCGCCAUGGUCGACUAUGCAGCGAGGCUCCAUGACCCUGCGGCCGAACGAGAGUUCGACGCCGUCGACGCGAACCGAGCAGCCAAAAUAUUCACGCAGCAGCAGCGGGCGCUCUCUCCGAAGCAGCACGUCGACAUGGCCCGGGACCGGCAGCGCUGCCAGCCGGCGCCCCAGUGA